AUGAACAAGGCAGAAGCAAGGGUGGCUCAACUGGUUACGGAUACGAUCGAUGCGAGGGUUUUGUCAGAUCCUCGAACACCGGCAGACGAGAAGUGGAAGUGGGUGAACGAAGGGUUGAAACCUGAGCUGGAGACACUUCAAGCUAAGGAGAUUUAUGAGGAGUGGGAUGAAGCGGAUCUUCCUUCAGGGGCAAAGGUGUUACCUUCCAAGGUGGUGUUAACCAAGAAGCCUCUUCAGGAUGAUGCUGAGGUGGAUCCUGCAGACCCUUUGAGUGCUUGGAGAGCAAAGGCACGGAUCGUGGUGUGUGGAAACCACGAGCAGAAUACGGUUGGUCAUGAUCCUGAUAAUGCCAGUGCCAAUCCGGCCAUUGAGCAUAUUAGAUGGAGUGCGGCAUGCCUUGCAAGCAACUCGAGCUGGACUGCAUUGGUUCUUGAUGUCACAGCGGCCUUUCUCAACGCUGAGAUGGACAACGAUACAACAUUUGUCAGGAAAGGGCCUAAGUUGUGGGAGGUUUGUCGGAAUGAAGAGCUGGAUAACAAGACCUUUGUGGAUGCCGAGGGUGUGACGUUUUACCUUGAUCCAGUCUCGUCGGGAGUCUGGGCCAUCCGGCGCACUGCGGAAGGUGUGGCGUUGCAUCAGCACCCCUGGAUUGAAACUGAGUUGGAGCGACGCGGGUGGACCACGGUAAAGGGAGCAACCCACCUUCCAGAAGUGGUGGAAGGGCAAGCGGAACCAGCACCUCGUGAUGAUGCGUAUGCCUCUGACUUGCAUCGUGCGCAGUCUGAGGUGGGAUCACUGUUUUGGGUGGGGCUGCGGACGCGGCCAGACCUGCUUGCAACGGUAGGAGCGUUGUCAUGCAUGAGCACGGUGGACCCGCGAAGGACGUAUAAGCUGGCAACACAGGUAUGGAGAUACCUAGCCGGUACUAGGAACAAAGUGCUUUCAUUCAAGGCUGGUGGUGAUCUUCAGGAAGCAAAGCUCUCGAUUUUCGGGGACGCUUCACUUGCCCCAGGGGCAUCGAGAUCACGGACAGGCGUGGUCGUGAAGUUCGGCGGCUACGUCAUUGCUUAUCGCACUCAGCGUCAAUCCUUGACUGCAUUCUCUGCUUUCGAGGCCGAGGUGGAGGCAUCAGCAACGGCAUAUCAGUUUGGGACGCAGGUGAAGAUGUUCUUGGAUAAGUUUCUGCAGAAAAGUGUGGAUACCGAGCUGUUCGGGGAUAAUUCUGCUUGCGUUAGCAACCUCACCAAAGGAUCCGAGUAUGUGCAACCUACCCGAACGCGCCAUUUUGGCAUGCGCUGCUCGUACUUGAGGGACCACCUUCGGAAUGAUGGCAUUCCGAUGUCGCACAUGAGUGGUGAGUUGAUUCCGGCGGAUGGAUUGACGAAGACUCUUUCACGAGUCAAGCUGGAAGCAUCGAGGGAGAAGUUAAAUGUUUUGUGA